AUGGAAGCCAUGGCUCGGCCAAAUGCGUUGGAGCAAUUCUUCGUGGCCUCUGGGAGCUUCAGCUUAGGUCACCAUGUACCUGUCCUCGACAAGCUUGUCAUCUCGCAGCUGGGCUUGCUAGCCCAACGGCGCUUGGCGAGAGGCGUUAGGUUGAAUCACUCCGAAGCCCUCAUCGCGAAUAACCUCCACGAACUCAUCCGCGAUGGCAACCACUCCGUCGCAGACCUUAUGGCCCUCGGCGCCACUAUGCUCGGCCGUCGUCACGUUCUCCCGGCGGUAUGCAGCACCCUCCGCGAGAUUCAAGUUGAAGGCACGUUCCCCAUGGGCACAUAUCUCGUAACCGUCCACAAUCCCAUCAGCACCGACGACGGGGACCUACGUCGCGCGCUGUACGGCAGCUUCCUCCCCAUCCCGGACAAUGAGGCCUUCCAACUACCCCCGGACUCAGAAUACGUCUUACACAAGCAGCCUGGUGCUGUUGUCGCCGUCAAGGGCAGAGUGGUGUUGAACCAGGACCGCAAGAGGAUACGGCUCCGCGUCACCAGCAAGGGCGAUCGACCAAUUCAAGUCGGUUCUCACUACCACUUUAUCGAAGUGAACCCCCAGCUGGAAUUUGACCGCGAAAGAUCCUACGGGUACAGAUUGGACAUUGCGGCCGGGACAUCGGUGCGCUUUGAACCGGGAGACACCAAGACGGUGACACUUGUUGAAAUCGGCGGGAAUAGAGUCAUCAAGGGCGGCAACAACCUCGCCUCAGGUCUCAUGGAAUACUCGCGCGUAAAGGAUAUCGUUGCAAACUUGCAAGCCGCCGGCUUUGCUCACUUCCCCGAGGCGAAUCCCCGUGGCGACUCCGUCCACAUCGACAUGUUCCAGAUGGAUCGGGCUGCAUACGCAACCAUGUUCGGCCCCACUACCGGCGACCUCGUCCGGCUGGGCAACACGGAUCUCUGGAUCCAGGUCGAGAGGGAUAUGACAUCCUAUGGAGAUGAGUGUAAAUUUGGUGGUGGGAAGACGCUGCGAGAGGGCAUGGGCCAAGCGACCGGGAAGUCGGAUGAAGAUACGCUGGACGUGGUGGUUACGAAUGCUCUUAUUGUCGACUGGACCGGGAUUUACAAGGCUGAUAUCGGUAUCAAAGACGGCAUGAUUGUGGGUAUCGGCAAGGCAGGCAGCCCGGACGUCAUGGAGGGCGUGACGCCAAACAUGAUUGUGGGAAGUUGCACGGAUGUCGUGGCUGGUGAAGGAAAGAUUGUCACGGCUGGAGGAAUUGACACGCAUAUUCAUUAUAUCUGUCCACAGCAAGCCAACGAAGCACUCGCCUCAGGUAUAACCACGUUCUUAGGAGGCGGAACCGGUCCAAGGUUUGUUUUUUGGUUCUUGCUCCGCUGGUUUUGCGCUUUCCCUUGA